CCUUUAGGAAAUGAUCUCGACUGUACGCACGCGCGUCUCUCGGAAGGUGGAGUCUGUGAAAACGAAAGUUCAAAACCAAAGACAAGAUAAGGAAAACAAGCACAUGAAAACAAUUAGACAACCGGUAAAAUCAAGAUAUUAUAACUCACUGGCAUCAUGAUAGCUUAUCCAGUUUACCAGCAGCAGCCAUAUCAAGUCACUGAAUUCCUGAAGAACAAGCCACAGAUUUUUGGGGCUUUGGAACUGUUGGUGGCAUUGGUGAUGAUUGCUUUUAUAAUCUGGGAUAGAUAUUUGCCGUUUCUUGUGUCACCAGCUUUUUUCACUUUAUCAGGCAUCUUAAUAUUCGUGGCUACAUGCACAGAAAAACUGUGUCUGGUCAAAACUGCACAGGCAUUCAACUAUAUGAAUAUGGUGGUAGUUGCUAUCUCCUUUCGCUUUCACUUGGUUUUUACUGUGAGAGUAACUUUGAUUGUCCUUUUGGUCUGUGAUGCUCUGGUCUUGAUUCUCUCAAUUGCUAUUGUCGCAAUGUCUUGCAGAUGUUGCUGCAAGUCAAAGUCCAGAGAAAUUGCAGUCAGUUACGUGACGUCUGGUAUGCCAGUCAACAAUGCUGUGCAGUUGAACCAGUUAGACCCCUCUGCCGCACCACAAAAUGUUACCUCAGUCGUCUAUGUGCUGCCGGCAGGAUGCGAAAUCCCAUCUGUACCUCCACUACACUACGGCACAGUUGCCUCUGCACCUCCAGGCUAUUACAGUUUAGUCCCAACUGCACCGCCGCCAGCUUAUGAGCAGGUCGCUGCGUUUCCCCCUCCUGAACUGCGGACAUGAACAUGACAGAUCAUGAAGAUGAUCAAAUCUAUCAACAUGUGAAAUUAAGAGAAAUGCUUUCAUUCACAGCUUUCUACCAGUGGCCACAGUGGAACGAGGAGGCGAAGAUCGUUUUUGUAAAAAAAAAAGAUUUUCGAUGUUUACACGGUUAUAUGUUACAGACAAACUUCACCAAUCAGUCUCAAAUUUUGUAUUUUGUUUAUAAACAAUUUUGAUACCAUUUAUUACAUAAAGUUAUAUAUUUUU